AUGGCCCCAAUGCUCGAAUUCCGUACGCAGGGCUACAACCCCUACGCCGUAAAGUACUCGCCCUACUACGACUCGCGCAUCGCCGUUGCAUCGUCGGCCAACUUUGGCAUCGUCGGCAACGGCCGCGUCUUCUGCCUCGGGCUGACGGCGCGGGGCAUCGAGGUCGAGACGACAUUCGACACCAACGAUUCGCAAUAUGACCUCGCCUGGUCCGAGAUCAACGAGAACCAGCUCGUCGUCGCCUGCGGCGAUGGCUCCAUCAAGCUCUUCGACCUCGGCGUAAAGGACUUCCCCGUCAUGAACUUUCACGAACACAAGCGCGAGACCUUUUCCGUCAACUGGAGCCCCAUUACAAAGGACACCUUCGUCUCGAGCUCGUGGGACGGCACGAUCAAAGUAUGGUCCCCGACCCGAGACCACUCCCUCCGCACCCUCCCCGUAGGAAACUGCACCUACUCGGCCUCCUUCCAACCAUCCAACCCACACAUCAUCUCCGCCGUCUCCUCCGACUCCCAAAUCCGCAUCUUUGACCUCCGCACCCCCGUCACCUCCCGCUACCACCUGACCACCAUGAUCCCCGUCCACGCCGCGGGCCCCUCCUUCCCCUCCGCCGCGCCCGCCGAGAUCCUCACCCACGACUGGAACAAGUACCGCGACACAGUCAUCGCCACAGGCGGCGUCGACCGCGCCGUCCGGACAUUCGACAUCCGGAAUCCCGCAGCGGGACCGGUGGCUGUCAUGCAGGGGCACGAGUACGCCGUCAGGAGGCUCGCGUGGAGCCCGCACGCGAGCGAUUUGUUGUUGACGGCGAGUUAUGAUAUGACGGUCAGGCUGUGGGAUGACCGUUCCAACGCGCCGCCUACGGGUCCGGCUGGCGGGGCGCAGAUCGGGGCGCAGGUCGGGGUGAUGAACCGGCAUACCGAGUUUGUCGUCGGUGUCGACUGGUGUCUGUUUGGUGUCGGCGGUUGGGUUGCUACCGUCGGCUGGGAUGAGAGGGUCCUCCUCUGGGACGCUAAUGCGCUAUUGGCAGGCCGGUGA